AGACACAAAAAUACAUUGCAGUACAUACAUGAUUUAUGUAGUACAUGCCCUGUAGUUACAUUCAAGUGCCACAAGAUGGCAAUAGCUGUAAUAACAGUUGGCAAUAGCUGUAAUUACAGUUAACAGGAAAAACGGGAGCAGAUCAGCAGCAGCCAAUAACAUUAAUUUAACCAUUUUACACAACUAUUAAGUUAGCUAACAUCGGAAAUAAAACAGCAAUAUCAACUUUACAUGUGUUGCUUUGGCGUCCUCCGCCUCAGAGCGCGACCGUGGAGGCGUGGUCUCCUUCAGAAGUCUCACACGGACCCGCUUACCCGUGGCCAGUUCCUCCUCGAUCUCUUCUCUGGACUCUGGAAUGUUAAUAACACUGAAUAAUGUCAAAACGCAAGUACAAAUUGUACUUAGAGCCUAAGAGCAGAGUUACAUUUCCCUGUGCAAGACUGAAAAGAGGACAUUUGGAUGUGGCAGAUGGUUCAGGAGAUGCAGAUGUUGAGACCAUGUCUCCAUCUGGCGAUAUUCAGCUGGAUCCAGAUGACACGGCCAACAUGGUUUUGGCUUUCACCGGUGACCACAUAGAUCAAGGGGACAGAAUCAAUCCACACCUGAGCACUGCAGAUGUUGAGACAAUGUCUCCAUCUGGCGAUCUUCGUCUUCAGCUGGAUCCAGAUGUCACGGCCAACAUGAUGUCUUCAUCUGGUCACUUUCUGCUUACAUCUGAGCUGCAACCAAGUGACAUGGCCCAGCAGUUUAGUUGUGAUUCAUCAUCUGAAGGCAGUGUUUCUGAAGUUGAUUCGGAAAUUCCAGAUAUUCCAGAAGAUGAUCCAUUCAGACAGAUAGGUUUUGAUACAGACAUGGAUUCAGUACUAAUGUCAGCAGGUACAACGACAAAGGCUGAGGCACUGCUCAUGGUGAUGAGUCAUGCAGCCAGACAUAAUAUAACAGGGACACAACUUCAUGACUUAUUACAGCUCAUAAAUACUCUGUUUGGCAAAGAGGUGUUACCCAGAUCAAAAUAUUUGUUCAAUAAGGUCUUUAAAAACAACUCCGACAUUGUGGAGUUCCACUUCUACUGCAAAACCUGUAAAGUAUACAUUGGCACAAAAGAAGACAUACAAGACAAAAACAUUGCACAGUGUGCAAUCUGUAGUGCUUCAAUUGAAAUCAGUUCCUUGAACAGUGCAAGCUUUUUAUCAACAUACCAAUUGCACCUCAAAUCCAGACGCUGCUUGAAAAUCCUCAGAUUCAAAACAGCAUGA